AUGGCGACUGUCAUUCACAACCCCCUGAAAGCGCUUGGGGACCAGUUCUACAAAGAAGCCAUUGAGCAUUGUCGGAGCUACAACUCACGGCUGUGCGCAGAGCGCAGUGUGCGUCUCCCCUUCCUGGACUCUCAGACUGGGGUGGCCCAGAACAACUGCUACAUCUGGAUGGAGAAGAGGCACCGAGGCCCAGGCCUUGCUCCGGGCCAGUUAUACACAUACCCUGCUCGUUGCUGGCGCAAGAAGAGACGAUUACACCCGCCUGAGGACCCAAAGCUGCGGCUGCUGGAAAUAAAGCCUGAAGUAGAGCUGCCCCUGAAGAAAGACGGGUUCACUUCGGAAAGCACCACACUGGAAGCCUUGCUCCGUGGUGAGGGGGUGGAGAAGAAGGUCGACACCAGGGAGGAAGAAAGCAUCCAGGAAAUUCAGAGGGUUUUGGAAAAUGAUGAAAAUGUAGAAGAAGCGCAUGAAGAUGAAGAUUUAGAAGAGGAUAUUCCCAAACGGAGGAACAGGACCCGAGGACGGGCUCGCGGCUCUGCAGGCGGCAGGAGGAAGCAUGAGGCUGCGUCUCAGGAGGAUCACGACAAACCCUACGUCUGUGACAUCUGUGGCAAGCGUUACAAGAACCGGCCGGGACUCAGCUACCACUAUGCCCACACCCACCUGGCCAGCGAGGAGGGGGACGAAGCCCAAGACCAGGAGACCCGAUCCCCGCCGAACCACAGAAAUGAGAACCACAGACCCCAGAAAGGACCAGAUGGGACAGUCAUACCCAAUAACUACUGUGACUUCUGCCUGGGGGGCUCUCACAUGAACAAGAAGAGCGGGCGGCCCGAGGAGCUGGUGUCCUGUGCAGACUGUGGACGCUCCGGUCACCCAACCUGCCUGCAGUUCACGCUGAACAUGACUGAGGCCGUCAAGACCUACAAGUGGCAGUGCAUAGAAUGCAAAUCCUGCAUCCUGUGUGGGACCUCGGAGAAUGAUGACCAGCUACUCUUCUGCGAUGACUGUGACCGCGGCUAUCACAUGUACUGCUUAAACCCCCCCGUGGCUGAGCCCCCGGAAGGAAGCUGGAGCUGCCACCUAUGCUGGGAGCUGCUCAAAGAGAAGGCCUCUGCCUUUGGCUGCCAGGCCUAGGGCCACUGGUCAUGGGAGGUGAUUGUGCCACUGGAGAGGUUAAGCCAGAGCCCAGUUCAAGCCAGAUGGAGCCUUCCUCCUGCCUGUCCACACAGACCAACUGUAAGGAGGAUGAAUCGUCACAGGAGGGGCGUGGACAAGGGGGACCUGGAGGGCGUGGUGUCUUUUUACUUCCUGCCCGUCCCACAGAUGGAUGGUACCUCAGCCGGAACCUCCUUAUUUCUACCAGAAGGAUGCUGCACUUUUGAAGAACAACCUCCAGCGUCCUGUGGAGCCCUUUUCACCAUUCUCCUCACCGGCAGGCUCUCUCCUUGCUUCCUCUUUUAAAGGAAGCCAUUUUAUGACCACUCAUCAAUCACUUGAGUGUAGUUUGAUGUUUUUUUGUUGUUUUGUUUUGUUUUUGUUGUGUGGCAAGAAGUUCUCACAGAGCCUCCUCAUGCCUAGCUUAGGCUCUUCAUGGUAAACGCUCACCAGAAAAACAAAACAAAAGGCUGUGGAGAAGGUGUUUAUUACAAGUCUCACUGGAAACUUUUACACUUGAAGAUGGGGCCUCGAAGCCCCCUUGAUUUCUCUGUUUCUGUGAAGAGGAAGUUUGUUUUCUAGGACCUCUGCGGUGCCAUCCACAUUUGGGGUGGUCUUCAUCCGUGGCAAUACCACGUGAUGGGUGAGGAGGGACGACGAGAGAUGGGGGCGGGAACAUUGGGAAUAAUGCUAAGGCUCUGGCCGUAGCUAGUCAGUAUUCGCGGUCCAUCAGGAGAAACCCUGCAAGGGACCAGGCUGCUUCCCAGACCUCAGAGCUAAGGUGUCCUUGAGGUGGUGCAAGCCACAGCCUAUGGACGAAGGAAGGUGCUUGAGACCCUCCCCCCACUCCCAACUGAGCUGGAUGUAGAGGCCUAACUCAGUUUCCCCUGGUGGGAUCCAGUGUUGGAUAUAAGAGACUGUGUCUCUGGGAAAGACCCUUCAGUAUCAAUGCCACAGACACUACAGAGUCCUUUUCCCAAGCGAUUCCUUCCUCCCUCCCUUCCUUCCUUCCUUCCUUCCUCCCUCCCUCCCUCCCUCCCUUCCUUCCUUCCUUCCGCGUUGUGUGUUUGCCAUUGUCUACCGAGAUGUGACUGGGUAUGUUAGGAUGGGAAGAGAUGAUGGUUACUUAAGUGGAUGUCUAGGGCAACGUGAUAAUUUGUGCCCAGGUGGCAACGAGACAGAACCUGCAGCUGUUCUUACCCCUCCUAAGCUCCUGCAGACGAUCAGAUGAGCUGGACUCCUUUUUUUUUUUAAGUUUCUAGAAGAAAGAAGCAGAGAGGAGUGGGGAGACGGGCUAGAUUCCGAGAACUCUGCGUGUUGGAAGACAGCCCCAUGGGCUGGAGUGGAUUGGAUUGCCUGGGAAUCGCGGCAACGGCACAAUAACCGACACGUUUUUCUGGAAAAAAAUCAUUUGCCCAAAGGGCAGGCCCCGGUGAGCGUGACCCGUGCGCAUGCUCCGCUCCUUCCCUGAAGUGGGCCCCAUCGCUGUGGUCCAGCAGCUCACAACAAAGGCGCAGGUUAUUUUUAGUCUUCAGCGCCCGAGGAAGCCCCUGGAGACUCCGGGCUGGUUGGGUCACUUCUGCCCCUCGGCAGGAGCCUUCCUCCCUCUGCCUAAUUGCUCUUGGCUGGUAGACCCAGGACAACCUGGCAGGAGGCCAGUGUGGGUCUCAGCCACUCCUUCCCAGUGACCUGUGGCAAGAGAAUGGAGGUCACUCUCCUGCUGGCCCCGUGGCUUCAGAAUGAGUUACAUGCAUACAAAAUGGUCUCACUUAAAGGGCCCCUGUCCAGAUGGGAUUGCCAUUUUCCUUCUAAGCUCUUUCCUUCCUACCCAUAGCUGCUGAGACUGUCUAGAUUCUGAAAGCCCAGGGAGGGGCUGGGGGGACCCCAUGCCGGCAGAGGGGUGCAUUUCCUUUUCUGACUGCUGGCUUGCUCUCUUCCCACAAAAUCUUAAGCAAGGUGUCCUCAAAGGCUGAUUAUUAGUUUGUGAUUCAUUUAAAAUUAACUUUAGGGGGAAGGAAAAAAAAAAGCCCAAAUGUUCCCAAAUGUCACAAUGACUUAAAUGUGGAAGAAACAAAUCUGAAACCCCAAAUUGUGGCUUGAAACAAAACAAAACGAAAAUCCGCCUUCCGGAGUGUGUGCAAAUUGUUUCCCCUUAGAAAUGUGAA